AGCGACUCACCGACACCCCAGGCGGCUCAAAAUGUCGGGAAUGUUUUCCGGAGCUAACGAGCUAGCUGCUGCUGCUAGCAGGCUGAGCUCGGCACGACUCGGCAGGAAGCGGAGCCUCGGCGGCGGCUUACACUAGGACUGAGCGGUGGGCUGUGGUGGGUGUUUCAUCGGGAGCUGCAGUGACCGUCCUGGGUCAGGAUGUCGGCUCAGGUCCGCCUGAAGCAGCUGGAGGAGCUGCUGCUGGAGCAGAAGGCGGCGGGCUGCCUGGAGCUGCUGGACCUGCUGCUCUGCUUCUACACGGAGUGCUCCAACUGCCCGCUGAAGAGGGAGAAGCACAUCACCGACUUCCUCGAGUGGGUGAAACCGUUCACCACCACGGUGAAGGACAUGCGGCUGCACAGGGAUGACUUUGAGAUGCUGAAGGUGAUCGGACGAGGAGCUUUUGGAGAGGUUGCUGUGGUGAAGAUGAAGCACACGGAGAGAGUUUACGCCAUGAAGAUCCUCAAUAAAUGGGAGAUGCUAAAGAGAGCUGAGACGGCAUGUUUCCGAGAGGAACGCGAAGUCCUGGUGAAAGGAGACAGUCAGUGGAUCACAACGUUACAUUACGCCUUCCAGGACGACAACUACCUGUACCUGGUGAUGGAUUACUACGUGGGCGGGGACCUGCUGACUCUGCUCAGUAAGUUUGAGGACCGUCUUCCUGAGGAUAUGGCCAAGUUCUACGUCGCUGAGAUGGUGCUGGCCAUCCACUCCAUCCACCAGCAGCACUACAUCCACAGAGACAUUAAACCAGAUAAUGUCCUCCUGGAUGUCAACGGCCACAUUCGUCUGGCAGAUUUUGGGUCCUGCCUCCGUAUGAUGGAAGACGGCACGGUGCAGUCUUCAGUGGCAGUGGGUACCCCGGACUACAUCUCCCCAGAGAUCCUGCAGGCAAUGGAGGAUGGAAUGGGCCGCUACGGACCAGAGUGCGACUGGUGGUCUCUGGGAGUCUGUAUGUACGAGAUGCUGUACGGAGAAACGCCGUUUUAUGCCGAGUCGCUGGUGGAAACCUAUGGCAAGAUCAUGAACCAUGAGGACCGUUUCCAGUUCCCCUCUCAUGUGAGCGAUGUGUCCGAAGAUGCCAAGGAUCUGAUCCAGCGCCUGCUUUGCUCGAGGGAACGUCGACUCGGCCUGAACGGGAUCUCGGACUUUAAGAGCCACCCGUUCUUCAGGGGGAUCGACUGGGAAAACAUCCGGUCUGCAGAGGCCCCUUACAUCCCAGACGUGUCGUCACCCACCGACACCUCCAACUUUGAUGUAGACGAUGACGUCUUGAAGAACCCGGACAUUGGACCUCCAGUGUCCCACACUGGGUUCACUGGUCAGCACCUCCCCUUUGUCGGCUUCACCUACACCACCGACAGCUGCUUCUCUGACUGCAGCUCCGUCAGCCGGGCAGCACUGGGAGUCCGGCAGGCGAUAGAUGGAGGAGGAGAAGGCGGAGGGCAGGAGGUGGAGGCAUUUGAAAGGCGGAUCCGCCGACUGGAGCAGGAGAAACAAGAACUGAACCGCAAACUGCAGGAAUCGACUCAGGCGCUGCAGGCUCCAGCUCGAGGAGGAACUCUGACUCGAGACAAAGAGAUCAAGAAGCUAAACGAGGAGAUUGAGCGGCUCAAGAAGAAACUUGCAGACUCUGAUAGGCUGGAGCAUCAGCUGGAGGAGGCAGUCACACUCAGACAGGACUACGAGAGCUCUGCCUCCAAACUGAAGACUCUGGAGAAGCAGGUGAAGACCCUGAGACAGGAGAAGGAUGACGUCCACAAGCAGCUGGCGGACUCUCUGGAGCGUCUGAGGAGUCAAACGAAGGAGCUGAAGGAGGCACAUUCUCAGAGGAAGCUGGCCCUGCAGGAGUUCUCCGAGCUGUCGGAGAGGAUGGCCGAACUCCGCUCCUCCAAGCAACGUCUGUCACGUCAGCUCCGAGACAAGGAGGAGGAGAUGGACACGCUCCUGCAGAAGAUGGACACCAUGAGACAGGAGAUUCGCAAGACGGAGAAAUCCCGCAAGGAGCUGGAGGCACAGCUGGACGAGGCGAAGGCAGAGGCGUCGAAGGAGAGAAAGCUGAGGGAAAACAGCGAGGUUUACUCCAAACAGCUGGAGACGGAGCUGCAGAGCCUAAAGUCUCAGCAGGGCCGAGGAGCCGCAGCAGGGGGAGCAGAGUCUCAGCAGGAGCUGUCCCGUCUGAAGGCGGAGCUCGAUAAGAAAGUCCUGUUCUAUGAAGAGGAGCUGCUGAGAAGGGAUUCAGCCCACUCUUCCGAGAUCAAGAACAUCCGCAAAGACCUGCAGGAGUCCGAGGGGGCGCAGCUCGCUGCCAACAAGGAGCUGCUGCAGCUCCGAGACAAGCUGGACAAGGCCAAGAAGGACAGGCAGACAGAGAUGGAUGAAGCUGUUGCUGCUCUGAAGGAGAAACAUGACCGAGAGAAAAACCUGCUGACAGAAGAAAACCGCAAACUGACAGCAGAGACAGACAAGUUCUGUUCGUUCGUGGACAACCUGACAGCUCAGAAUCGACAGCUGGAGGAUGACCUCCAGGAUCUGUCAUCUAAGAAGGAGAGCGUGGCUCAUUGGGAGGCUCAAAUCGCAGAGAUCAUCCAGUGGGUCAGUGAUGAGAAGGAUGCUCGAGGCUACCUGCAGGCUCUGGCCACUAAGAUGACGGAGGAGCUGGAAACUCUGCGCAGCUCCAGCCUGGGAACCAGACCUCUGGACCCCUUGUGGAAGGUGCGGCGCAGUCAGAAAGUGGACAUGUCUGCUCGUCUGGAGCUCCAAUCAGCUCUGGACGCUGAGAUCAGAGCUAAACAGUUGGUUCAGGAGGAGCUGCGCAAAGUCAAGGCUGCCAACAUCAACCUGGAGAGCAAACUGAAGGAGUCAGAGGAGAGAGGCAGGGAGAUGGGAGAGCAGGUGGAAAGUCUAAAGAAGGAGAUGGAGGAAAGCCACUCACGUUCCGGCAAAGGACUGAAACUUCCAGACUUCCAGGACUCCAUCUUUGAGUAUUUCAACACGUCUCCUCUGGCUCCCGACCUCACCUUCAGAACCACAGACAUAGACUCCACCCCACUGAAAUCAGAGACCACGCCCCCUUCGCCCUCCACCACCUCAGAACAUGAGGAAGUUAAAGCAGCGUCAGUCCCAGCCAGCCCCUCCCCCACCUACCAGAGCUCAGCGCUGACCACACCAAAACCCAAAGCUCACCAGCUGAGCAUCAAAACGUUCUCCACUCCAACCCAGUGCACACACUGCACUUCUCUGAUGGUGGGACUCUGCCGACAGGGAUACGCCUGUGAAGUGUGCUCCUUCAUCUGUCACGUUUCCUGUAAAGACCACGCCCCUCUGGUCUGCCCAAUCCCUGCAGAACAGGCCAAGAGGCCGCAGGGCGUCGACGUCCAAAGGGGUAUUGGGACUGCUUACAAGGGCUACGUCAGGAUCCCAAAGCCAAGCGGGGUGAAGAAGGGCUGGCAGCGGGCAUACGCCGUGGUUUCUGACUGUAAACUAUUUCUCUAUGACAUCCCAGAGGGAAAGUCCACCCAGCCGGGGGUGAUGGCCAGUCUGGUCCUCGACCUCAGAGAUGAAGAUUUGUCCGUCAGCUCCGUCUUAGCAUCAGAUGUGAUCCAUGCCACCAGGAAGGACAUCCCCUGCAUCUUCAGGGUAACGUCGUCGCAGCUGAUCUCGCAGCUAUCCUCUGUCUCUCUGCUAGUCCUGGCAGAGAGCGAGGUAGAAAAGAGGAAGUGGGUCCGGAUCCUGGAGGGUCUGCAGACCAUCCUGUCCAAGAACCUGCUAAAGAGUCAGCAGGUCCACGUUCUACACGAGGCUUACGAUGCCUCACUACCCAUCAUCAAGACCACGAUGUCUGCUGCAGUGCUUGAUCGGGAGAGGAUUGCUCUGGGAACAGAAGAUGGGCUGUUUGUGGUCGAAGUCACCAGAGACGUGAUUGUGCGAGCUGCCGACAGUAAGAAAGUUUAUCAGAUCGACUUGAUCCCAAAGGAGAAAAUCAUUGCUCUCCUCUGCGGUCGUAACCGUCAUGUUCACCUUCACCCCUGGGGGAUGCUGGAGGGCGCCGAGUCCUCCUUUGACGUUAAGCUGGCUGACACCAAAGGCUGCCAGGCUCUGACCACAGGAGUGCUCCGACCCGGAGGCGCUGCCUGCCUGCUGGCUGCCGUCAAACGUCAGGUUCAGUGCUAUGAGAUCACUCGAACGAAACCCCACCAUAAGAAGCUGUGGGAGGUGCAGGCUCCAGGUCUGGUGCAGUGGUUGGGGAUGGUUAGGGAGCGGCUAUGUGUUGGUUACCCCUCUGGCUUCGCUCUGCUGGCCCUGCAGGGGGAGUCGUCCCCCAUCAGUCUGGUGAGCCCAUCCGACCCGUCGCUGGCCUUCCUGGCCCAGCAGCCGCUGGAUGCUCUGCACGCUCUGGAGGUCGGCUCCAGCGAGCUGCUGCUCUGCUUCAGCCAGCUCGGCAUCUACGUGGAUGGACAGGGCCGUCGGUCCCGGACCCAGGAGCUAAUGUGGCCUGCCACGCCACUCGCAUGCAGCUCUAACUCAUCUCACCUGACGGUCUACAGUGAAUAUGGGGUUGAUGUCUUUGAUAUUCACACGACAGAGUGGGUCCAAACCAUCUCCCUCCGCAAGAUCAGACCUCUGAAUGUUGAAGGGACGUUAAACCUGCUGAGCUCAGAAUCCCCUCGUCUGCUUUACUUCAGCAACACCUCAUCAGAGGGUGACCUCACCAUCCCUGACACAUCGGACCACAGCAGGAAGCUGAUGGUUCGAACUCGCAGCAAGAGGAAGUUUCUCUUCAAGGUUCCUGAGGAGGAGCGACUUCAACAGAGGAGGGAGAUGCUGAGGGAUCCAGAGCUGAGGUCCAAGAUGAUUUCUAAUCCGACAAACUUCAACCACGUGGCUCACAUGGGACCAGGAGACGGCAUGCAGGUCCUGAUGGACCUCCCUCUGGUUGGAGAUGUCACCUCCCUCUCUCCCUUCCCGUCUCCCUCCCCUUCCCCUUCCUCCUCCUCCCGUCACACCCUCAUCUCUCCCCCCUCCAACUUUGAGCACGUCUAUCACAUGACGUCGGCGUCGGCCGGCGCCUUCUUGCAGAAAGACGCCUCCUCUUCCUCCCAGCAGAGCCUCCUGCAGCCUUCUUCCUCCUCCUCCUCCUCUCCCUCCACCUCCUCUCUGGGAAGGAGCGUGCUGCCCUCCUCUCAGGACGACCCCAUUAAAGAUAAGCCCCGCCCAUUGUCCAGUAUCUCCCGGCAACAGAGGAGCAAGAGUCAUAUCACACGCACAGCUUCAGAUUUUGGAGGUGGAGCCUCAUCCCGCAGCAUCUGUGAACCUGACCCAGACCUGGACCGAGAGCCGGACUCGGACUCCACCAAACACUCGACCCCCUCCAACAGCUCCAAUCCCAGCAGCCCCCCCAGCCCCAACUCCCCCCACCGCAGCCAGCUAACCCUGGACGGCCUGGACUCUGAGCCCUGAGCCUCGCCUUCGCACAGCUGAGGCCCCGCCCCCCACACACCUGAGGGUGCAUGGGUGUCGCCCCAAAUGAACCAAUCAGGCUGCACACUGAGAGUUGAGCUUUUACUUUGAGGAUUUUAUUGUAGCAGGGUGAGUCUGAGCUUCCUGCUGCUUUUAUUUCGUUGGAUUUUACCUGCUGGGAAGCCCCACCCCUCCGGUUUUAACCCCUUCCCUGCUGACAGCUGCUGUGUAUGACCUUUGACCUUUAUUCUGAUUGGCUCUGUGGGACCAGUCGCCUCCUGUUCUUCUGUAUUAAAUAACUUCCAGUUGAGCGUUAGCGGGCUGCUAGCCGCUGAGCUAACUGUGGCUAACUCCUGACAAAUGGGAGGUCUCACUCUGAUGAAAAAACACUGUAAGAAUUAAUUUUAAAGUUUUGUUAAAGUUGCACAUCAUCAUUGUUGUCGUUGUUGUAGGAGAAAAAUAAUCUUUGAUUUUGUGUCAGUGAUGAUCUUUCCUGUUGGCCCCUCGCCUCCUUCUGACCUGACCCCCCACCCUCUCCGCUCAGGGGCGGGGGGCAGGUGAGGUGAGGUGGGGAGGAGUCACACCUGAACACUACUGCUUUGUUUCUUCCAGAAUCACCAGUUAAAGAAUCUUUGUAACGAUAAACUGUUAGCAGCCAAAAACACAAUAAAUGAACCUGAAGAGAA